UCCAAAUAAAAUACUCUGAGAAAUUGAUGAAAUCGAAGCAUAAACUCAUAUUCAUUAGAUAUCUUAUCUUCAGAAUUCCAAUGGUCAACAGUUCGUUAUUCGAUCCCUCUUCUUCUUAUAUUCAAUUCCAUUUCAGCAUCAUAUAGAUUUCCUUUCCUCUCUCUCAAUCUCUCUCUCCAUCCUUCAAACUCCGAUGAGAUGCCGACGACGACAGACAGAGCCGGCGAUACCUGCAACUUUCGCCACCGUCCAUGGCUAAUGAAAUCCUGCUUCCCCAACCCAAACGAACAAAUACACCCCCCACGUUACAAGGACCCACCUCGACAUUGCUGUGGAACCAUCUCAACAACCUCCGCCGCCGCCGCUUCAAAGAUUCCUCCACCCACCGCCGCCGCCGCCGUUCUCCACUCCCACACCCAGCAAGCUUCAAUAUGCUCCCUCCCCGACGACCUCCUCCUCGAAUGCUUCUCUCAAGUCCCACUAUCCUCACUUCCAUCACUUUCCCUAGUCUGCCGUCGCUGGUCCCUUCUCAUCGAUUCCUCCCAUUUCUCCGACCUCCGUCGCCGCCAACUAACCCUUCACCAAACAAUCUAUGCCGUUUCCAUAACCGAAACCGGCCUCUCCGCGGCAAGUAUCCGAAUCGGCCAUGAUUCAUCCUGGAAAUACUUUCAUUUUCUAUCGACAGAUAUGUUACAAGGAUUACUCACCCACGCUAGAGUUUCUUCAAUCGGCCGUAAUAUUUACCUAAUCGGACGAACAUCGAUGGUCCGAUGCGAUGCGUGGACUGGACGGAUGACGGAGCAGUCAUCCACCACUUACCCGAGAAAGAAAUUCGCUGCCGCGGUUGUAGCUGGUAAAAUCUACAUCGCCGGCGGUUCCGCCGGCGCGUCAGUGGUGGAAGAGUAUGAUCCUGAUUGUGAUACAUGGCGCGUGGUGGCUAGAUCGCCGAGGAAACGUUAUGGGUGUAUUGGUGCAUCGGCUGACGGUGUGUUUUACGUAAUUGGGGGUUUGAGAAUUGGUUCUGCCGGCGAUCAGGUGUCACGCGCCGCCAGUGCAGAGGCUCAUGUUUAUGCUAGCUCGAUGGAUUUAUAUGAUGUGAAGGCACGUGGUUGGCUGAGGAGUCAGUCGGUUCCCGGCGGGGGUUGCGUUGUGGCGGCGUGUGCAGCCGACGGGAUUGUUUAUGUGCUUACAAGCCACGCGCUUGAGCUUUCUUUUUGGCGGUUUGAUGGUCGGAGGAAGAGUAGUGGUUCCGCCGCCGGUGUCGGCAGUUUCGGCGAUUGGCGGAGAAUGAAUCCGCCGCCGCUUCCGGCGCAAGUUAGACUGGACACAUCUGUUAGAUUUAGCUUCGUUACUUUUGAAGACAAGGUGGUUUUGAUUCAAGUAAUGGGGUGUAUAGAUGAUUUGUUGAGGAGGAGUGGGAGAAUGUCAAGAGGGUUAAGGGAGGGAUUGGUUUUGGUUUAUGAUGGAGUCGCCGGCGAAUGGAGUAGAGAGCCGGACUUACCGGAGGUGAUGCGACGCGCCGCCUGUGUAUGUGUGGAAUGCUAACCGGCGCAUUUCUUGCUAAUCUACGCACAUGGGGGGAUAGGAUACCUAAAAUUCCACUUAUUUUGGUUAAAUAUGCUUUUCCUUUUUAACCUUUUCACGGGAGACUUGUAUUUGACGCAAAGUGUGCGAUUAAUUAAUUGAUUAAUUUAUAUAUUAUUGUUUAUUGUAA